CGGCGGCCAUGUUGCCAGUCUGUGGCGCGCAGCCCGCGCGAGUCGACGCUUCCCGCCAAAACUUGAAUUUCGAACGCGACAUUUCAAAACUUUUUUUUAUUAUCGCGUGUUCACGGCCAGUGUCAAUAUAGUUUUUUUAUUAAUGUGCAUUGGAUCUCCUUCGCAUGUGAUGUUGUGAAUAAUGUGAAUAACAGUAGUGCGUAAAGAACAAUCGAUAGAUUCUUUGUGUACUUACGUUUUCUAAGGAUGGGGAACUUUGAUAGGACGAGUUGGUUUUACACGAUAUUUAAAAUGGAAGUCACAACAUGGCUAUCACUACUUUUAGCAGUUAUCACAUUAGGAACACCAGCAUCAUCAAGCGAGCCCCGAGUGGUGUGCUACUACACGAACUGGUCGGUGUACCGGCCCGGCACCGCGCGCUUCAACCCGCAGAACAUCAACCCUUACCUCUGCACGCAUCUCGUGUACGCCUUCGGGGGCUUCACCAAGGACAACACCCUCAAGCCUUUCGACAAAUAUCAGGAUAUUGAGAAAGGUGGUUACGCCAAAUUCACUGGUCUGAAGACAUACAACAAGAACUUGAAGACGAUGCUGGCCAUCGGCGGCUGGAACGAGGGCUCCACGCGGUUCUCCCCCAUGGUCGGCUCCCGGGAGAGGAGGAAGGAGUUCGUCAGGAACGCCAUUAAGUUCCUCAGACAGAACCGCUUCGAUGGUCUCGACCUGGACUGGGAGUACCCCGCCUUCCGUGACGGAGGGAAGCCCAAAGACCGGGAGAACUACGCCAAGCUGGUGAAGGAGCUACGUGAGGAGUUUGAGAGGGAGGCGGAGAAGACUGGGAAGCCGAGGCUGCUGCUUACGAUGGCGGUUCCAGCUGGUAUUGAAUAUAUACAGAAGGGAUUUGAUGUGAAGACGUUGAACCAAUACCUGGACUGGAUGAACCUGCUCUCGUACGACUACCACUCGGCGUUCGAGCCGGCAGUCAACCACCACGCGCCGCUGUACCCGCUCGAGGAACCCAAUGAAUACAGCGUCGAUAACGAACUUAAUAUUGACUACACUAUCAAGUUCUACAUCGAAAGUGGAGCUGAUCCCUCGAAGCUGGUGCUCGGUAUACCGACGUACGGUCGCUCCUACACGCUGUUCAACCCUGAUGCUGUGGAGAUCGGGUCCCCGGCUGAUGGUCCUGGAGAACAGGGCGAUGCUACUAGGGAGAAGGGGUACUUGGCUUAUUAUGAGAUCUGCGAAGCUCUGAAACCCAAAACGAAGAAACGCGCGGCCUCUGACGAGGAUUCCGAAGAGUAUUCUGAUGAGGAAGAGGAAGAAUGGACGGUGAUGCACCCCAACCGUGAUGCGAUGGGUCCCGUGGCCUUCAAGGGUAACCAGUGGGUUGGUUACGAUGACGUCGACAUUGUCAGGAAGAAGGCUGAAUAUGUUGCUGAGAAUGGACUUGGAGGUAUUAUGUUCUGGUCUAUCGACAACGACGACUUCCGUGGCGCGUGUCACGACAAGCCGUACCCGCUUAUUGAAGCUGCUAAGGAGUCUUACUUCGCGAAACUGGGAUCCACCGAUAACGCUAUCACGGAGAAAGCCCCAGCCCGCACCAGCACGAGGAGGAAGAAUCGUCCGAAGAGUUCUUCCACCACUACCACUACCACCACCACGCCUAAACCUUCCAAGAGCAACCGUCGCAAGCCGACAGUCACGAGCACGACUCCAGCCUGGAACAUCAUCACUCCGGAACCACCCACCACUCCCGAUCCUGGUUCAGACUUCAAGUGCGUGGACGAAGGUUUCUUCCCUCAUCCGCGCGACUGCAAGAAGUACUUCUGGUGUCUCGACUCCGGACCUUCCAACCUCGGCAUUGUGGCUCAUCAGUUCACUUGUCCUUCUGGUCUCUUCUUCAACAAAGCAGCAGACUCCUGUGACUUCGCUCGCAACGUGCUCUGCAAGAUCAAAGACACCACCACCAAGGCUCCUACCACUAAAGCUCCCACUACCAAGGCCGUCACCACCACCACGAGUACCACCACCACAACCACUAGGCGACCCAUCAGAUUGAGUACUAAGAGCUCGUCGCUGUUCAGGACCACUUCUACUACUACUCCUGAACCUGAGGAAGAGGAAUACGAGGACGCAUCUGCUGAAGAGCCAACUGAUGAGGAUGCAGAGGAUCCCAGAGUUAUCAAGGAACUGAUAGACCUCAUUAAGAAAGUCGGUGGUAUCGAACAAUUGGAGAAACAGCUUGGCUAUGGUGAGAGCAACCAGGCGUCGAGCACAGACGGCACCGUCACUGUCCCCACCACGCCUUCUCCUUUCAAGAAGAAGCUGUACCAGAAAGUGCUGGAAAGGACUCGUGGCAAAAACAGGUAUAAUGGAGCUAACAGCAUACUGGAAGGUUCUGGACAAAACAGCCGGCGAGGACCUCAAAACGCUGGAUUAGAAGCAUCGAAUGAUAGGGACAAGCUGCUACGCAAGGACCGACCACAGUACACAACAAUCAACCGUCAACGUGGAUCAAAAGCAACGACUGAAGCUACUCCCGAAAGCGAGGAAGUUGAAGACGAACCUGAAGAGGAAGUACAGCAAACUCUUAGAUCCAAGUCAGUGGACAACGAGCCCAGGGUUGGAACAACCAGCAAACCACUGCAAUAUGUCAAUAUCCGCAGAGCAAGGCCGACUACUUCUGACACCGCUGAUGAUUCUGCCUCAAGGAACGCCCUCUUCGAGCGAUCGGAGCCUUUCGUGUCAGUUUCCGACACACCCAACACGCUGGACAUCAUCAGUGCAAGACGUGAGAAUACUCCUGAAUACGUCACCAUCAGGAGACAGCGACCCACUACUGAGGAAACUACUACCGUGCAAUACCAAAACUCUGAUGAGGAUGAAGAGCUUCAAGAAACAGCAUUAGAAAGAGAAAUAUCUACGCAACCACAAUAUACGUCUAUCGUACGGUCUCGCUCCACCUCCCGACCCACUGAAGAGCCUAGCUCUGAAGCUCCUGUUACGAGAAUACGUUCCACCACCCUCGCUAUCGAGGAAACAAGCAGUCCUGACCCCACCACAGUCUUGGCUGUACAAAUAUCCUCCUUACUAAAUUCCCCGAGCUCCUCUGAUACCGAGACUCCUGAGACUGAAUCAUCGGCUACGACAACUGUAGUUGAACCUACGACUACGACAACAACUACGACUACUACGACUACGACUCAAGCUCCUUCAAGUGCUGCAACUCGACGUACCCUCAUCAGACGGCGAGGCUCCACCACAGCUACUCCAUCAAGCACGGCAGCACCAACGAGCACAACCCAGGUGAGUCCCAGGAAUUAUACUUUUGUGAAUCGCCGACGACCUCUGCAGAGACCGAACGAAAUAUCUUCGGACUCAGACGAUUCUGUUGAGGUAUCUCGUAAAAUCAGAUCUACUACUCCUGAUAGUCGUGAAGUUGACGGAGCUACACCCAGAGAAACCAGCACUAGAAGGUUUAGACUUAGAAGUAGGUUCCAAGCAUCACAGACUGCUCGAAGUGACGAUUCUAUUCCUGCCGCUGCAUCUCCUGUUUCGAGGGGUCAGUUUAAACCUCAAGUUUUAAAUCCAGAUGAAGUGAUUUCGCUAACUCCUAUUGACGUAGAACCCCAAUUUGUUCCGAGACAAGUUCCUAGCUUUAGUGCAAGAGCAGAUAGACGUUUCCGUAGACCCACCGUUAGUGACGCGAUACCUGAUAGUGAAGGUUCCGCUGCAACUUUGGAGACAAGGCGACCAAACCUCCUCCCAAGAGGACGAAGCCGCUUUACGAUAAGCACAACAACGGAGUCGACUGCUCAACCAGUUUCUAUUGCUCAAAGAAGACCAACAUUUGCGAGGUUCACUCCACGACCAUUUACUCGAUCAUCUACUACUGCUGUAUCUGACGACAACGAAGAUGUAAAUACUGGACUACCCGAAGAAACUUCUACCCAAAGAAUUGCACCUCGUUUGCCAUUCGGUAGAACAAGACCAACAACGGCUCCACCAAACCUCGUUGCCAGAAAAUUACCCUUCCCGUCACGUCAAUCUACUACACAGCAAACUUUAGCAAAUGAUGAUGACGAUGAUGAACCGGAAAGUAGGAAUGACGAUAUUUUACUUUCUGAAAGUGCUAGAGAGGAGAAAGAACACGAUGAAAGUGAAGUCGAGGAAGAAGCACCUAAGCGAAGAGUUAUUGUCAAGAAAUUGAGGGCUCCCGGUUCUACUGCAGGUGACGCCGUGGCCACUGAAGCAAUUCCUAUCGAUGAUUCUGGCAAAAAGAGGUUCAGAGUAAUCAGACGCAGACCAACUUCAACUACUGUUGCAUCAGAACCAGUCGUCACAACUGAAGCCCCCUCUGCACCCGGCCCACAAAGGAUACGAAAGGUGAUCCGUAAAAAAAUAAAAUCUGCUGAAGAAGAACCGGAGAUAACGGCCAAAGCUAUAGCAUCAUUGAACAAUUUCAGAACCUCUACGACUGAGGAAUUCAACUAUGGAGAAAAGACGCGACCGACGACAACCACAACUGAAGUUGUAACUGAGCCUAUAAUAGAAGAAGUUACAGAGUUUUACAAGGAGAAAAAGGUUAAAGUUGAGCUCCAAACUGAAAAAGUUGAAAUAAAGGAAGAUAUAACAGAGAGGAAUGUUGAGGAUAAACGAGAAGAGACAACCACUGAACAAACUACAACUACUGCCGCGCCAGCUACAGUUGAAAGUGAAACAGAUGACAGUAAAAAAUCAGACGAUAAUAAAGAAAUAGCUACAAACGAAAAAUCUGAAACUGAAGUAACUUCUGACAGUGACUCUAAGACUACAGAGGAAAAUAAAGAAAGUUCUGAUAAAUCUAACAUUGAAUCUGAAACUAAAUCAGAAAGUGAAACAGACGCUAAGCCUGAUGUUACUGUUGUUUCUGAAGGACAAGCUGUUGCUAUUUCAGAAAAUCAAGAGACGUCUGCCACAGAGGCCACAGUUACAGAAACUGAUAACCCAGAAACAGAAACGACGACCGCGAGCACUACCAUAUCGACGACAACUUCAAGCAGAACAAGGUUGCCAUACAGACCGCGUAAAAAGUUAUACACACCAUCUACAGAACCUUCAGUGCCAUCAACGAGUAGAGUUUUCAGCCGUAAAUAUAACCCAGGAGUUUACACAAGUCCUGCAUCAGCAGAUCGACCAUCAUUCAGACCAGCCGGUAGCACAAGAAGACCAUUCUCUUCAAAAAUAUUCACCAGAAGGCCUUUCACUCCAAGAACCACUCAAAGGUUAGAAGAUGAAGAAGAAUACAAUGAUGAAGAGAUUCUAGAUGAGGAAACAGAGCCAGAGAACCCCUUCGUCUUCGUCCCACCAAACCAACUGUUCACAAGAAAACCAGAUUCUGAAGAAGAGGGCGUUAACGAGGAAGGUGGUAAUUCUGAAGAAUUGUUAGACGAGGAAGAAGAAGGACCUGAUGAUGAAGAAGCAGUUGAUGAGGAAGAAACGCCAACAAGGUUUGCUCUUACAACAAGGCGACCAGGCUUCAGACCUCGUGUAGUCAACUCAAACACAUUCAGAACUUCUACUUCUACCACAGAACUUCCUAGGAGAUUCCCAAGCUCUCAAAAUAGAACUGGAAUCAUAACUAGAUUUAGUAACAAGCCAGCAGUUGAUACUAAAAAGCGAGUACAAAAUGUACCACCAGGUUACAAUACCCCUGUCGCUGCACCCAGACCUAAAGGAACAGUCCCAGUUAUUAUUAGGAAUGCAACUCAAGAAGCUGAGCAGGGACCUAAAGAUCUUACAACGACUACUGCUGCAGCUAGUGAUGCUGAAACAACCACAUCUUUCGAUGAUGAUUACCUCACAAUGACAUCAACAACUUUGACAGAUGAUAAGAAUCCUACAACUUUGGAUGAUGCAUCCACAACAAAUACAGUCGAUACAGAAACAGCCACAUAUCAAAUGGAAAUCGAUGAAAGUACUGAUGAUUACUUAGAAAGCACAGAAGGAACAACUAACUAUCCUUCAACUCAAGAUGUCACCGUCACACAAACUGAUGCUGAAGUCAAAACCACAUACGUACAAAAUACUGUUGCUUAUACAGUGCCCAGCACAGAAACUACGACUGAGCCUGAACCUACGACCGUUACAACUACAACUACCACUACACCACCGCCACCGCCACCAAUCAUAAAAACACAAUUCGAUAAAUUAUUCUCCGUUAGCAGAGUUGUCGAAGUUAACUCCAAAUUAGAUAAACAUCGUUUGAAUAAAAACAAUGAAACGACUCUCAUUGAAGAAGGCAAAAUCAUGGUUGAAAAGAAACCAGUUGUCGACAAGAUCGGAGAAGUUAGUAGAUUCAGUCUCAUCAAAAUUGUUGAAGAUGAAAUUCCAAUUUAUUUAACUAAAUACGGUCAUGUGUAUCCAGUUGAACACCCACCUGAAAAUAUUAUUCGUAUUGAUGAAGCAAGAAAUGCAAGAGCUUUAGUUGAGACAUUUUCAGACACGCCUAGGGAAAACUUAGUGGCAUCAGAAAGUGUUAACGAGGCUUACAGGCAUAUCAAGGCAGUAUCUGAUUCUAAAGCUGAGGAAAAUAAAGAAACUGUGGAGCAUGUACCUACCAAUGAUGACGACUUCCUAUCUUACGUCAAUGAAGAAAACAAAACUGAACAAGAACAGAGUGGACCACUGUUCGCACAAUGGCAAUUCGUUCCUGCAGCUUACGAAAACGAACAGGCUCGAGCUGCUAAAAGCUAUGAAAUAGUAACACCACGAUCAAUGCGAACAGAUCCAUCAACAUUACCUUUAGAAGGUUUAUUCAAAACUGAAUCCCCACAAAUGGCACGUAAAGUAAGUGAUGACAAGAAUCAACCAUUCCUCGUAUAUUCUUCAUCCGUCCAAAGCCAACCAGAAGAAAAUAUUGCUAAAGUAGACGCUGUAAAACCGGAAUCAGGUCGCAGUAUUGUAACUUUUGCUAAAGGUGAAGAAUUCAACGGUGGGUCUACUGAAGACGUGUCUACAGUUAAAUCCCCUGUCAGUAUCUCAGUGAUAACUCAAAGUACUGAAAGUUCAACUGUUUCUCCCUCUUCCACGACAUCCACCACUGUUUCCUCAACGACAGUUUCCUCGACUUCAACAACGGAGAGUCCUUCUUCAAGUCCCAUUAUAGACUUGCUGUCUUCAACACAAGCUACUACUGAAGCUUCCACCACGUCUUCAACAGUCCCAUCUUCGACUACAGAAACGGUACCUGAGGAAACAACCAUAGUGAAAAUAUCACCUGUAGAUGCCAAACGUGCCAAAUUCGGCUUCCCUAGAAGACCAAUCAUCAAAUCCUCUAAUUUCACUAGACCUAGCACCGCCCCAAGAACAGUGAAGAAAAUAAACGCAACAGUAGUCUCAAAUCUAAACCAGAAAGCAAACAAAACAACUUUCAGUCCGAGUAAAUCUCGUUUCAGUGCAAAUAGAGUUCAAAACGUCCCAGUAGAUCUUAAGAAGAAAUCCAAUAGUCCCAAAGCAGCUAUCAAAACAUUUACUACAGCUAAAACAUAUACCACUGAAAGUCCAAAGUCGACAACAGAAAGAAAAUUGUACUUCAAACCAAUCAGACCUAACUUUAGACCAGCCUUCGUCCCAAGGAAAACUACCACUCCCGUCUCCGGAGACACUUAAUCCAACUGAAUCUAGUUUGCACUAGAUUUUUGCGGUUCCCACUAGUAGGAUCCGGUUUCUCUGGCCAUAAUAACAUGAACGACUGAUAUUAUUUUUAUAAUUGGAUUAUUUUAUGCAAUAGUUUCGUCCGUGUCCGAAAAUUUCAUUCUGAAUGCAAGGUUUCAAAAUUGUUAUUCGUUGAUCAUCCAAGGCAUAUUUAACAUGAUAAUUUUGAAAAAAUACUCUCUAUACCGAUGGGAUAACUUGUAUAUAUAGGUACACAACAUCAUUAUAGUCAUAUUUCUUAGAGAUUUUAAUAGCUUUAAUAAUAUUCUAGGUGUUAAUGAAAGUUUUAUUGUACCAAAUAAUUGUAUUUAUUAGUUCGUUUUGGUAGAAGAGACUUUCAGUUUACAAAAUGUCAUAGGUUAUGAUUAGAAUACAAUUAUUUAAAGGUUUUAUUAUUAUAUUAAUAAUUAUUAAUCGUUACCAUUAAAUGUACAUAUGGAUGGUUAGGAUUGGGAUGUUUUUAUUUUUGUAAUAAUGUGAAUGAAAUAUUGUAACAUUCAAAGAAAAAGGUUUGUAAUAAAGUAUUAGAAUAUA